GGAUGGCACAGGGACGCACGGGAACCUUGAACCAGCAGAGGGUAAAUGACCGGGCUCCGCUGCAGGCUCCUCAGUGCCGGCUGGGACUUGGAUUCGCUGGGGACACCGGCCGGGGACAGAGGACCAUGUGGCUGCCUCCGGCUCUGCUCCUUCUCUGCCUCCCAGGCUGUUUGUCCCUGGGGGGCCCCAGCUUUGUGAGGGGCACCGUGGGCAGCUCGCUGACCGUCCGGUGUUGGUACGAGGAGGGUUACAAGGGCUAUAACAAAUACUGGUGCCGCGGAGAGCAUGACACCAAUUGUGACAAGAUCGUGGAAACCGACGGAGAAGAGAGAGAACGGAGAAAUGGCCGAGUGUCCAUCCAAGACAACGCCCACACCCGCACCCUCACAGUGACCAUGAGGAACCUCCACGCCGCCGACGCUGGGUCCUACUGGUGUAAAAUCCAGACAGUGUGGAUCCUGGACGUGUGGUCACGGGACCCCUCGUUCCGGGUGCAGGUGUCUGUCUCCCCAGCGCCUCUUCGUACAACCACGAGACCGGCCCCGCGUCCCACCGCACCGGCCACGCUCCCGGAGGCCACCAGCGGGCGGAACUUCAGCGCCCACCGAGUGCCUUCCUCCUGCCCAGGGGUUUCGCUCAGCACCGGCUACUUCCUGCUCCUGCUGUUGCUGAAGGUGGCCCUGCUCCUGAGCGCGCUCGGGGCCCUCGUCUUCGUGAGCAGGCAUCCGGCGGGCCCUGGAAGGAGACGGGGUCAGCCUGAGCGCGGGGGGUGGCCUGACCUCGGGGAUCCGCUGCACCGUGCGCCAGCUCCAGGAAACGCCUGCCCGGGGAUCCAGUCCUUCAGGCUGAACGAGAGAGCUCUGCAGGCCCUGCACUCCAGGGCAAGGAGGCAGUAGCACCUGGAUUCUGGGGGGGACUCGAGUUUUCUGGGGGUGUUGUUCCCGCGCCUCAAGGGAGACCCCUGGGGCUCAGCGGGCACUCGCUCUGGUCCUCAUGUGGGGGGAGGAUGAGUCUUGGGCCCCUGUGUGGGGUCUCCCUUCUCGUCCCCAGACCCCCCGGCUGCUUACCCUCAUGCCCACUUCCCAAGGGAGAGAGUUCUCUGGAGGCUGCGUGCGCGGAAGCCUGGCUAUUUCUUCUGUGGCACAAAAACUUCAUAAGUCGGUGUCCCUCAGGACAAUAGCCACCUCCUCCCUGCAGACAGGAGGCUCCCGGUCAUUGGGCUCCCAGGACUCCGUCCCCUCCUCUGGGGGCAGAAGAGGGACAGUCCCAGGGGCAUUCAGCCCUGACAGAGGAAGCUGCCCAAUGUCUCGUGUGAUCGAGUUUCCUUCUCCUCUUCUGACACCUCAUGGGUCUCGUUAGACUUCAACCCGCUGGUGGCUCUGUGACCAGGGCAUUGGGCUCAGUACGGCUCUGCCUGGGGUGGACGUGGCCGAGCAAUUUCAAGUUCAAGUUCUGGGGUCAGUUGGCACACUAGUGGGAAGAGGAGGCCGUGGGUGUCCUGAAUCUCUCUCCUGGAAUCCCCACCCCCCCCUGCAAGCUCUCCUGUGCACAGAGCCCACGGAGGGUCCGGCUUUGUCGACUUGAGGAGAAGCCUGGCUGGGGCCCCCCGUUACCCGUAAACCCCUUCCGUGGGCGAGGCAGACGUAGUCCCUGAGGACAGGGUGCAGGACGUGGAGGCGAGGAGACGCUUCACCACGUUGGGGAGGCGUGAUGCCACGGCCACCCCUGGGCUUCCUGAGCCCAGGACAGGGCUCAGGUGGCUUUGGAAUGCUUGUCAGUGCCCCCCUCCCUGCAGUUUGUGGGGGGGGGGCGUUUCACCGUCCAUCACAAGCAAGCAUCACCAUCCCCGCUGAGAGCCACCUGCGUGCGGACCAGCCGCCCUCGGAGCUGAAGGAGAAAUUCAUCUAAUGAGGCGCACACUCAUCGCGUUUAACAAACACAGGGGGAGAGGGCGGGUGUGGAAACAUAGCCAUGGCAAGAAAGACGUUUAUGCUGCUGUUUGUUUAAGAAGAUAAACACGGUGCCGGAUGGGCCGGACAGGGACCCGAGGUGGUGUCUGAGGGUGGUGAUGAAGGCAGGGCAGCUGUCCGCUGAGUAGGGCUGGGGGCGGGGCAGAGAGAGGAAGCCGGGCCUGGAGGGCCUGUCAGUGAGUGGCGUGUGGCAGGAGUUUCUCACGGCGUGGGCGUGCCUACGAUGCCCUCGGAGUGACCUUUUCCUGCGGCAGUGCAUGGGGAGCUGACCCAGGCCAGCCAAGGUCGGGCAUGUGGCAGAGGCUUAGAAGGACCCAGCUCUCACUUCAACUUUGCUGUGAGACACUCGGGUGGAUUUGGACAGAUCCCAACGGGGUGGCGGGCGUGUUUUGGGGAGACGUGUGGGAGCUCAGAAAGAAAGGGCCUGGGAGUCCGGAGGUGCAGCCUCGGAGACCAGAGAGCAGGGUGCUGUUCGCAGCGGCAGGAGCAGUUGGGCCACGCAGAGCUCCCCUCGUCCGUGGGGCUGGGGUUUGCAGGCAGAGAGGUCUGGCGGGAAGCUAGUCAUGUGGGUUCGCAGGGCAUGGCCGCUGGGGAGAAAGACAUAUGGAGAGGCUGAUCGGAGCCCAGGGAGGGGCGACGUCUCCAAGGAAGGGCUCAGAGCCAAGGACAGGGCACGUGGAGGCCCAGCAGUGAAGAGGCAGGCGUCUGGAGUCCUGUGUGUUCUUCACGGAUCCCGCCGUCUGUCCCUCCGAUACCGCGAGGUCCAGGUUCCCGCCGGGUUCUGUGAUCCCGUGGCGAGAGUCAAGUGCCAGCAGGGGAUUCCUCCCUCUUUCUUCUUUUUCAGCACUGCCUGAGGCAUUCUAGUUCUCUUGCCUUCCUGCAUACAUUGUAAAGUGAGCUGGUCUCUGUGAACAAAUCUUGCUGGGGUUUUGGUAGGAACUGCAGUAAAGGUGUAGAUGGGUAUUGUGAAGUGGGCAUCUUUACUAUGCUGGUACUCUGGCUUCUCUUCAAAGCAAACAGAUCUUUCACCUUUCACUGUGCCAAGUUUUCCAAUCCACACACGUGGCACAGCUCUUGAUGUAUUAGAAAUCUUUGACAUCCA